AUAUCAGCCUGAGUAUUAUUGUUUACCAGCCAUCACAAGUACAGUAGUAUAUCAGCCUGAGUAUUAUUGUUUACCAGCCAUCACAAGUACAGUAGUAUAUCAACCUGAGUAUUAGUGUUUACCACCCAUCACAAGUACAGUAGUAUAUCAGCCUGAGUAUUAUUGUUUACCAGCCAUCACAAGUACAGUAGUAUAUCAGCCUGAGUAUUAUUGUUUACCAGCCAUCACAAGUACAGUAGUAUAUCAGCCUGAGUAUUAUUGUUUACUGUACAUCAGAGGAACUGUACAUAUAACAAUAGUGUACAGUAUAUAAAUUUUGUACACUUCCCUGUUGAGUGUUUUUAUAGUGUAUGUUGUAAGUCAUAAACAGUGUUUGUUAAUGACAAGUAUAGUUAUAUGUGUAACUCAUUCUUUACACCAUUUUUCACAUUUAGUUCAAAGAGGUAUAGAGGAACCUUGUUAAUAAUGGUGUAGUCACAUCACAAACUGGAUCUUCCAUCACACUUACCUCCUCACUGUCCUCCCAUCUCAGCAUCAUUACAUCAGUGUAAGUAAAUCACAUUCACUAAUUGAUUUAUGUUUCAGUUUUCAUUGUCAAAUAUAAUUAACAGUAACAAGACAUUAAUAGUUCUUGUAGGAGGAAACAGUUUGCCCUUUAAGGGUCACUAAAACCUUUGAACACAGAAUACACACAGUUUUAUAAUGGAAGGUCACUCAGAGGAACAGUCGGAGUCUCCCAGAGAAUUGUCUGUAAAAUCACAUCAAGUAACACAUGUGAAAGAUCAUACAGGAGAGAAGCCAUUUGAGUGUACAGAAUGUUUUAAAAGGUUCUCCGUUAAAUCUUCUCUCAUAGAUCAUAAGAGAGUUCAUACAGGAGAGAAACCUUAUCAGUGUUCACAAUGUCCUAAAAGGUCCUCACAUAAAAAUUCUCUCAUAAUUCAUGAGAGAAUUCAUACAGGAGAGAAACCUUAUCAGUGUGCAAAAUGUUUUAAAAGGUUUUCACAUAAAAGUUCUUUAGUGUAUCAUAAGAGAAUUCAUACAGGAGAGAAACCUUAUCAGUGUUCACAGUGUAUUAAAAGGUUCUCAGAUAAAUCUUCUCUCAUACAUCAUAAGAAAACUCAUACAGGAGAGAAACCUUAUCAGUGUUCAGAAUGUCAUCAAGGCUUUUCUAAAAGUUCUAACCUAGUAAGACACAAGAAAGUUCACUCAGAAAAACCUUUUCACUGUGUAAGAUGCAUGAAAGACUUUAUAGAGAAAGAGAGUUUAAUAUUACAUGUAGAGAGAUGUUACCAGACUGACCAAGUGGUCAACUCUCAUCACUAUGAAGGUGAAAGUUGCCAGGAUUUGCACCAUGACUUGAGCUUGUCUUGCCAACCAACAGUGGAGAUGUGUGUUUCUGAAGGAGUGAAAAAGGAAACUAAUUAUGAUCCACUCUCAGUCAUUUGUGAGACAGAAGCUUCACCAGGGCCUGAGAUAAUUGACCAAUCUUCUUUAAAGAUGGAGUGCCUGGAAGAACUAGAAUUUGUUAAGGAAGAAUUCUGAAACUGUUAUUGUUAUUGAUAGUCAUGGUAGUCUCAACCUUGGUCGCUCUAAAAUCAAUCUUUACAAAAUUGUGAGAGAAAAUGGGACGUAACGGAUGAAAAUUUUAUGAUGCUACUGAGACAACUGAGUCGCAGUAUUCAUUCUGAAAUUCAUCGCCUCGUCCCCUCCCCUCCCUUCCCUUCCUCUCCCUUCCUCUCCCUUCCCUUCCCUUCCUCUCCCAUCCCAUCCCUUCCCGUGCCCUUUCCGUCCCCUCCUUCCCUUCCCCUCCCCAGUAAAGAUUGUUUUUUAACUGGCUGUACAUUUAUUAAUAAAGUACACUGUAUCCUCAUUAAUUUGGGUCAUUAUAAUUCAAAUUUUGGCCAAAUUCAUAUGUUUAUUUUUAUUUGUUAAUUAAUUAAACAAUUUGAAUUGAAAA